UGUUCCGAAAUUGUUAUGAGCUUCGUGAUCUCGUUGUCCGAAUCGGUUUCUGCUAAGUUAGGGUUUAAUGAUGCGGUGGAGUGAUGUGUAGUGAAGGUAUUGUUGUUGUUGUUCAUCGUCAACAACAAGCUGUAGGAUGAAGUGUGUGUUGAAGGAUUGAGGAUUUGCGUUGUGGAAAUGUCUCCGGUUAAGUUUCUUUUCACGUUUCUGUUCAUAUCGAUCGUGCUAUGGCUCCUGUUUAUAUUUGCUUCCAAGUUAGUUGCUUGGAUUUUGAGCCGGAUCAUGAAAGCAUCGGUGGCAUUUAAAGUUGGUGGAUGGAAAUGCUUGAGGGAUGUUACAAUCAAGUUCGAAAAGGGUGCGGUUGAAUCUGUUUCAGUUGGUGAAAUUAGAUUUAGUCUAAGACAAUCUUUGGUUAAACUAGGGGUUGGUUUUAUGUCUAGAGAUCCAAAACUGCAAUUGUUGAUAAGUGACAUAGAAAUUGUUACAAGGGCUUCAAACCAAGGGUCAAAGAAAACAGGGUCACAGAAAUCUCGUAAGUCCCGCAGUAGCCCAGGCAGAGGAAAGUGGAUGGUUGUGGCUAAUGUGGCAAGAUUCUUAUCAAUUUCUGUGACGGAUUUAGCUGUAAAGACACCAAAAGUUACUGUAGAAGUUAAAGAUUUGGGAGUUGAGAUAUCAAAAGACGGUCGGACCAAGCCUUCUAUCCUUGUGAAGUUGCAGCUUUUGCCUGUUGUUGUUCAUGUGGCUGAACCACGUAUCAGUUUUGAUCAGUCAUCUAGCUUUAGCAAUGGUGAAAGCUUUACUGCUGGACAGACAUGCUUUGCAAGUAUUGAGAAAGCGUCAGCUCCUUUUGUUUGUGAAGAAUUUCAUCUCUCGAGUGAGUUUGGUCAUGAUAGAGAAGCAGGUAUUGUAGUGAAAAACGUAGACAUUACAAUUGGAGAAGUAGCUUUGAACUUAAAUGAGGAGCUAAUUUCUGGAAAAAAGUCGUCUGACACACAAGUUGACGAACGUUUUCAAUCAAAUGCUGCUGAAUACAACAUUAAAAAGCAACGGAAUGAAAAAUCUGCCCUUUCGGCUGUUACCAAGUAUACUUCAAUCAUUCCUGAAAAGGUUUGCGUCACUCUACCGAAGUUGAAUGUGAAGUUUGUGCAUAAAGAGCACUCUAUUGUUAUGGAGAAUAGCAUAAUGGGCAUCCAGUUAAAGAGUGUGAAGUCUCGAUUUGUUGAAGAUAUUGGGGAAAGCACACGUCUUGAUCUUCAGUUAGAUUUCAGUGAGAUUCAUCUUCUUAAAGAAGCCGAAAAUUCUAUGGUCGAUAUAUUGAAGCUUGCUGUUAUUUCCUCAGUAUACAUUCCAUUACAGCCUACAUCACCUAUAAGAUCUGAAUUUGAUGUAAAGCUUGGUGGAACCCAAUGCAACUUAUAUAUGGAAAGAUUGAAGCCACUGAUGAAAUUGAGCUCAUCUAAGAAGAAAAAGGUGGUGCUUCGAGAUGAAAAUGUGAACCCGGUGACCGUCCAGUCAAGUGGUUCUAAAACCAUUAUGUGGACAUGCACAGUUUCAGCUCCAGAGAUGACUAUCGUGCUUUUUAAUAUAAGUGGAUUGCCAAUUUAUCAUGGUUGCUCACAGUCCUCACAUGUCUUUGCCAACAACAUAUCUAGUUCAGGCACUGCAGUUCACUUGGAGCUUGGAGAACUGAAUUUGCACAUGGCAGAUGAAUAUCAGGAAUCAUUAAGAGAAACCCUUUUCGGCGUGGAAACAAAUACCGGUUCGUUACUGCACAUAGCAAAAAUCAGCCUGGAUUGGGGCAAAAAGGAGAAGGACCCACCUCAAGACGAUAGUUCAAAGUUGAUAUUGGUUUUAUCGGUUGACAUAACUUCCAUGAGUUUGAACUUAACUUUCAAACGUGUUCAGUCCUUGCUAGUAACUGCUUUCUUGUUUAAAACACUACUAAAAGCUUCAUCCCCAUCUGUUAAAACAUCACGCGUAGGGCGUUCAACAAAAUCAUCCGGCAAAGGGAUUCGGUUGAUUAAAUUUAAUCUGGAACGUUGCUCGGUUAAUCUAUGCAGUGACUUAGGCCUGGAAAAUGAAGUUAUCAAUGAACCGAAAUCUGUGAAUUAUGGAUCACAAGGUGGGCGUGUUCUUAUUAGUGUCUUACCUGAUGGGACCCCACGUACUUCAACAAUAGCAUCAACGGUUUCGAGCGAGCACAAAACGAUAAAGUGCAAUGUAGGCGUAGAUAUUUAUCAUUUUAGUUUGUGCUUGAAUAAGGAAAAACAGUCCACUCAGCUGGAGCUUGAAAGAGCUCGAUCCGUGUAUCAAGAAUAUUUAGAAGACCACGACUCUGGCACAAAAGUAACAUUAUUUGACUUACAGAAUGCAAAGUUUGUAAGGAGAGCUGGAGGUCUUAAAGAAAUAGCUGUUUGCUCGCUUUUUAGUGCCACUGAUAUUACUGCCAGGUGGGAACCAGAUGUCCACUUAGCGUUAAUUGACCUAGGGUUACGACUAAAGCUACUGAUCGAAAAUCAGAAGGAGAUCUAUUCUAGUAAAGAUAAUAUAGUUCCAAAAGAAGAAUCUAUGGGGUUAUUACAGUCUGAAAAGAAUAAAAGAAAAAAGGAAUCUCUUUUUGCUAUUGAUAUUGAGAUGCUUACUGUAACUGCUGAAGCUGGAGAUGGUGUUGAAGCCAUGAUUCAAGUUCAGUCAAUUUUUUCUGAAAACGCACGUAUAGGUGUACUUCUUGAAGGACUAAUGCUCAGUUUCAACUCGUCAAGAGUGUUUAAAAGUGGCAGGAUGCAGAUUUCGCGCAUACCGGGUGCAAAAUCUGAGACAGAUGCCAAGUGGGAUUGGGUGAUUCAAGCAUUUGAUAUACAUAUUUGCAUGCCGUACAGGCUACAGCUGCGUGCUCUUGAUGAUUCUGUUGAGGAAAUGUUGCGAGCGUUAAAGCUCAUUACUGCUGCAAAAAAGAAAUUAAUAUUUCCAGUCAAAGAGGUCAAAGAAUCUGGUGCAAAGCCUAAAAAGUCGAGUUCUUCAAAAAUUGGUUGUGUAAAAUUCUUUAUUCGUAAGCUGACUGCUGACAUUGAAGAAGAGCCGAUACAAGGUUGGCUUGAUGAACAUUAUCAACUUUUGAAAAAUGAAGCACGUGAACUGGCUGUUCGGUUGACUUUGCUCGAGUCAAUUACCACAAAAGGAAAGCAAUCUUCAGCAGUUGCUGAUGAAGAUGAUUCUGUUCACAAAGGCACAUAUCAAAUUGGUGGAGAAGAGAUUGAUUUGCAGGACGCAUCAUCUGUUGAAAAGCUUAAAGAAGAAAUUUAUAAACAAUCGUUUCGUUCUUAUUAUCGGGCAUGCCAAAAACUUGUAACUACAGAAGGAUCUGGUGCGUUUCAGGAUGGAUUUCAGUCUGGUUUUAAGCUCAGCACCUCAAGAACGUCUCUUUUCUCUAUUACUGCAACAGAGCUUGAUUUAAGUUUGUCAGCAAUCGAAGGUGGUGAAGCUGGAAUGAUAGAUUUUGUACAGAAGCUUGAUCCAGUUGCUCUUGAAUAUAAAAUUCCGUUUUCCCGCCUUUAUGGAUGUAACCUUAAUUUGCAGACAGGCUCUCUUGUUAUUCAGCUUAGAGACUAUACUUAUCCACUUCUUGCUGGUACUUCUGGUAAAUGUGAGGGCCGGGUUGUUCUUGCUCAACAGGCAACACCUUUUCAACCCCAAGUUCUGCAUGAUGUCUAUAUUGGAAGAUGGAGGAAGGUGCAAAUGUAUCGUUCAGCUAGUGGCACAACUCCACCAAUGAAAACAUAUUUGGACGUACCGUUAAUUUUCGAAAAAGGCGAGGUAUCUUAUGGGGUUGGUUUUGAACCAGCUUUUGCUGAUUUAAGCUAUGCAUUCACAGUAGCUUUACGUCGGGCUAACUUAAGUGUCAGAAACCCAAAUGCUUCCAAUAUUACACCCCCGAAAAAAGAAAAAAGCUUGCCGUGGUGGGAUGAGAUGAGAAAUUAUAUCCAUGGAAAAGCCACACUGUGUUUUUCCGAAAGCACAUUUCAUCUUCUUGCUACAACUGAUCCAUAUGAAAAAAAUGAUCAACUUCAAAUUUCUUCGGGGUAUAUGGAACUCAGACACUCGGAUGGGCGUGUAGAUGUUUCAGCAAAGGACUUCAAGAUGUUUACAAGCAGUUUGGAGAAUUUGCUUCGGAAUUCAACGAUUAAACCACCAUCUGGUACACGUGGCGCGUUUCUAGUGGCUCCCAGCUUUACUCUUGAGGUUACAAUGGACUGGGAAUGUGAGUCGGGCAAUCCACUCAACCACUAUUUAUUUGCACUUCCUUCGGAACGUGUCGCUCGUGAUAAGAUAUACGAUCCUUUCAGAUCUACUUCACUAUCGCUGAGGUGGAAUUUCUCUCUCAGACCCAUCAUGUCUCUUUCACAGUCCUCCAGUAAUGGCUAUGCUGCAUUUGAUGCAGCUUUGCAUGAUUCAUCUAAAUUGAAAAACGAUUCGGUUAAUUCACCAACUUUAAACGUUGGUCCUCAUGAUUUUGCUUGGCUCCUAAGGUUCUGGAACUUGAACUACAAUCCUCCUCAUAAAUUGCGAUACUUCUCUCGAUGGCCUCGUUUUGGUGUCCCGAGAAUUCCAAGAUCUGGUAAUCUUUCAUUAGACAAGGUCAUGACAGAAUUUAUGUUCCGGAUUGACUCAACUCCAACUGUUUUAAGACAUAUGUCGUUGGAUGACAAUGAUCCAGCUAAAGGAUUGACAUUUAAGAUAACAAAGUUGAAAUACGAAAUGUGUUACAGUCGUGGUAAGCAAAAGUAUACAUUUGAGAGCAAACGUGAAAUCCUCGAUUCUGUUUAUCAGGGUCUCGAUCUUCAUAUGCCUAAAGUAUUUCUUAAUAAAGAUGAUUCCACAAGUGUUAUCAAAGUUGUUCAAAUGACGAGAAAAGGCUCAAAAUCUUCGUCCACUGACAGAGUUGUAAACGAAAACGGUGGUAAUAGUAGAACUACUACAGAACGACAUCGUGAUGAUGGAUUUUUGUUGUCUUCUGAUUAUUUUACAAUCAGAAGGCAAUCACCAAACGCAGAUCCAGCUAGAUUGCUUGCAUGGCAAGAAGCUGGAAGAAGAAAUUCUGAAAUGACAUAUGUUAGGUCAGAAUUUGAAAAUGGAAGUGAGAGUGACGAACAAGCAAGAUCUGAUCACAGUGAGGAUGACGGUUAUAAUGUGGUGAUAGCUGAUAACUGUCAACGAAUCUUUGUCUAUGGAUUGAAGCUACUAUGGACAAUUGAAAACAGAAAUGCUGUUUGGUCAUGGGUUGGUGAAUUAUCUAAAGCAUUUGCACCUUCAAAACCUUCUCCUUCUCGUCAGUAUGCCCAGCGGAAGCUUCUAGAAGGGAAUCAAGCACAAUAUGUAAAGGAAUCUUCUCAUGAAGAUGUUUCAAAGAACCCUUCUGUUGGUCAAGCUGCAAGUUCUUCUAAACAAAAGGAGGCAUCAGGGUCAAAUCCGUCUUCAGCAAAUUCUACUAAAGUAGACAGUCAAUCGUUUGGGGCUAUUGACAAACAUGGAUUUGAUGACUCCGAUGAAGAGGGCACUCGCCGUUUCAUGGUAAAUGUUAUCGAGCCACAAUUCAAUCUUCACUCUGAAGAUGCCAAUGGAAGAUUUUUGCUUGCUGCUAUUAGUGGAAGGGUUUUAGCUCGGUCAUUCCAUGCAGUUCUUAACGUUGGUAUAGAGAUGAUCAAACAAGCGCUCGGGAGUGGAGACGUGAAUAAUCCGGAAUCCCAACCUGAAUUAACAUGGAAUCGUAUGGAACUAUCGGUAAUGUUGGAACAUGUGCAGGCUCAUGUGGCUCCAACUGAUGUUGAUCCAGGGGCUGGACUUCAAUGGUUACCAAAGAUUCGUAGAAACUCCCAAAAAAUACAGCGCACUGGGGCCCUUCUUGAAAGAGUAUUUAUGCCAUGUGAUAUGUACUUUCGCUACACCAGACACAAAGGCGGAACAACAGAUUUAAAGGUUAAACCUUUGAAAGAACUUGCAUUCAAUUCUCAAAAUAUAACAGCGACCAUGACGUCUCGCCAGUUUCAAGUUAUGCUUGAUGUUUUGACCAAUCUUCUCUUUGCCAGGCUUCCCAAGCCUAGGAGAAGUAGUCUUCCGAAAUCAGCAGAAGAUGAUGAUGACAUUGAGGAAGAAGCAGAUGAAGUGGUUCCCGAUGGUGUUGAAGAGGUAGAGUUAGAACGAGUCAACCUUGAACAGAAAGAACGCGCCCGGAACUUGCUUUUUGACGAUAUUCGGAAGCUUUCCCUGUUUAUUGAUACUUCUGGAGAUGCACAUUCAGAGAAGGAAGGGAAUCUUUGGAUGAUAACUGGUGGAAGAUCCACAUUGGUGCAUAGACUGAGGAAAGAGCUGGUAAAUGCACAAAAAUCUAGAAAGAUGGCUGCUGCUUCUUUUAGGAUGGCUAUGCAGAAAGCUGCACAAUUUCGACUUAUGGAGAAAGAGAAGAAUAAAAGCCCUUCAUGUGCUAUGCGCAUAUCUCUGCAAAUCAACAAAGUCGUUUGGGGAAUGUUUGUGGAUGGCAAAGCUUUUGCCGAAGCUGAGAUAAAUGACAUGAAAUAUGAUUUUGACAGAGACUAUAAAGAUGUUGGUCUUGCUAGGUUCACAACAAAGUACUUUGUGGUGAGAAAUUGCCUGCCUAAUGCAAAAUCUGACAUGCUUCUGUCAGCAUGGAAUCCUCCUCCUGAAUGGGGCAAAAAAGUGAUGCUUCGGGUAGAUGCAAAACAAGGAGCUCCAAAGGAUGGCAACUCACCUAUUGAAUUAUUCCAGGUGGAUAUUUACCCGCUGAAAAUUCAUUUGACUGAGCAAAUGUAUAGAAUGAUGUGGGGGUACUUUUUCCCAGAAGAGGAGCAAGAUAGUCAACGUCGCCAGGAAGUUUGGAAGGUGUCAACUACUUCUGGUUUAAGAAGAGCAAAAAAGGUUUCCACUGUAAAUGAGGCUUCUUCAUCAAACAGUCAGUCAACAAAAGAAUUAGAGGGGUCCCGAAGCAAUCAUUCUUCCACCCAUUCUGAUUCCAUUCAUGGAUCGAAGGGGCAGAAUGGGAAAACCACAUCACCUGAGUUCGGGCGAUGUUCUUCAUUUGAUAGAACAUGCGAAGAAUCUGUAGCAGAAUCUGUUACUAAUGAACUUAUGCUACAAAUGCAAUCUUCGAGUCUCCCUGCAUUAAAGAUUGAAUCAGUUGGAAGCGUUGAGCAGUUGGACGAAUCAAGUAAAACUAAAUCUAAAACUGCAAAAACUGGUCGUUCUUCUCAAGAAGAAAAGAAGUUAGGUAAACCAAAUGACGAGAAGAGGUCUAGGCCAAGGGUUAUGCGGGAAUUCCAUAAUAUCAAGAUAAGCCAGGUUGAACUGCUAGUGACUUAUGAAGGGUCUAGAUUUGCUGUAAGUGAUCUAAGGUUGCUUAUGGAUACGUUUCAUCGUGUUGAAUUUACUGGUACCUGGAGAAGGCUGUUCUCAAGAGUUAAAAAACAUAUAAUAUGGGGGGUUCUCAAAUCCGUCACUGGAAUGCAGGGUAACAAGUUCAAAGAUAGGUUACGUGGUCAUGGAAAAGAAACAAUGGUGUCUGGUAUCCCUACAACCGAUCUGAAUCUUAGUGACAGUGAUGGCGGUGGUCCUAGCAGUAAAGCCGAUCAGGUUCCUAUAACUUGGCCUAAACGGCCUCCUGAGGGUGCGGGAGAUGGAUUUGUGACCUCGAUCAGAGGAUUAUUCCACUCUCAGCGGCGCAAGGCUAAGGCCUUUGUGCUGAGAACAAUGAGAGGCGAGGGAGAAAACGAUCAAAUGGGUGGUGGUGACUGGAGUGAAAGUGAUACAGAAUAUUCUCCGUUUGCCAGACAGUUAACCAUAACUACUAGGAAACUCAUUCGACGCCACACUAAAAAGCUUCGUGUCAAGAAAGGUAUACCUCCACAGCAACGAGAUUCAUCACUUCCAUCUUCACCAGUAGAAACCACGCCAUAUGAAAGCAACUCUUCUAGUGAAUCUGAUCCUUAUGAGGAUUUUCUUGAAUACAAGGCUGCUGAAGAAAAAUCACCACCUUUGUCUUAACCCGACCCAAUCAAAACCCAACCCACGAUGAACAUCGUUGGUUUUGCUGCAACGCCUUGCCUAUGCUUCAUAGGUAAGGCUGAGUUUUUGUAUCGUCAAAAGCAGGUUUGACCAUUGGUAUAGCUAUAUAUAUACAAGGAUUAUGAGAGUUGUAUAUAAAAUUGGGCUCUAAGCCAUCAAGAGUUUGGUGAUGAACAUCCAUGAAUGUGAUUUGUAUAUUUAAGAUGGAAAUAAAGGUGGUAAUAGUGGUAUAAUUAUCGUUAUA